UUUCAAAAUUUCGCCCUAACCCGCUUCCUCGAAUCACUACCAUUUCGGGUUUGCUAACCAAUAAAACGAAGAAAAUGGAAUCAAUUGUGGGUAAAAUGCAGCUAUGGCUGGAGCUAACAACAAUGGCAAUGCCUUCGCAAAAACCAUAUGCUCAAUCUGCUACGAGGAUCUUAAACCCUUAAUUGAAGACCUUCAGUCCAUUUCUGUUUGCGGCCACGUUUUUCACGAGCUCUGCCUUCAACAAUGGUUUGAGUACUGUCCCAAAACGAAGAAGAGGAAUUGUCCCAUAUGCAAACAAUCUUGCACCAAUGCAAAUGUUGGCCGUCUUUACUUCCAGUCUGUUGGUGAUCCAAAUGAUUCUAAUACUUCUCAAAAGCCAAGUGAUUAUGAAGAAAAUCCUGAGGAAUUGCGGAAAGAGGUCAAUAGGUUGGAGGGGAAAGUUGUGGCUCUUGCUUCAACUUUGGAACAGCAGCAGAAAGAAUUUAAAGAAGUUAAAAACCAGAUUUUCUCAUGCAAGGAGCAGCUAAAAAUUGAAGUAGCACUGAAGAAUGAAGCUCUGACUCAGAUUGCAACCAGUCAGCAGUUGCUUCGUGCGAAAUCUGAGGAGCUGGAUAAAUCAACUUUGGAACUCAUGAGAGUGCAAGAGAGAAAUAUGGCCUUGGCAAAGGAACUGGCAGCAUUUAAGCUUGCUUCUGAUUUGGACUUGGAGGAAGAUGAGGUUAUGAAGCUUGCUUCAUUAGGCAAUGAUGUUGGCAGCAGAGAAACAGUAGAUGUUCUGAGAAAGUCAUUGGUAAUUCGUAACAAGGGUUACAAGGAACUGAUGGCCAAAUGCAACAUUUUAGGAAGAGGAGAGGCUCGUUGCCUUCGUAAACUUGAGAAGGCUACCGAAAAGAUAAAGAAACUCAAGUCGAGAAUCCAAGAACUGGAGACUGCAGCUGAAAUCAAAGACAAUGAAACUUUGAGAGUGCUAAAGGACCAGGAUGCUCGAUUCAAGUCUGAUUCACAUGAAAAUACAAUGAAAAGACAUGGAAAUCGAAUUGAUUUAGAUGAAACAAGUUAUAAGUCAGACAGCACAUUCAUUUCAAAGAAAGUUGAGGUCUGCAUGCCUAUGACUAGAAAAAGCACAAUUGAUGAUAUUUUCCCUGGAUGUACUGAUGAACAAAAUGAUCAGGAGAAAGGUUGUUCCUCAAUAAAUGUGGACAAGAGUGUUGGGUGCUCCACUUCUGUACAAGGAUUUUCAUGCAAGAAUUUCAUGCCAUGUGUUGAUAACAGUGUAAUUUUACAGAGAUGCCAUUUACCACUAGAAGAUGUGUCUUUUGAUACACAAAACAAUGCCGAAAUGCCACAAUCUGGAAACAGAGACGGAGUAUCUUGCUCCCGGGCUAUGAAAAAAGGCAGAAAGGCAGAUCUAGCUAAUAAGCUACCUGCUAAUGUGGAUGAUGAGGUGAUAUGCUAUGGUGAGACUGGCCCAGUUCAAACCUCAGUUCAUAUAAAAAAAGAGACUACCUCCUCGAUUCAAUUUUCUCAUCCUGGUGAUGGAUGCUUUUCUGGUGGAUUACUGGGUCCUGAUGGAACUAACUGGCACUUGGGUAAAUGGUGCAAGAAGGCUAAGAACCAAGUAUCAACAACAUCAUCUACAGGGUUGGACAGAUUGAAUGCAGGAGCAGGUGACUUAAUUGCUGUUGGAGCUGAUGGCAGAGGUGGCCGAAUCAAAGUUAUGAGGCCUCUUGAUCAAUCAUCAUUGGACGUUAAGGAUACCUCACCUUGGGCAAAAAAGUGUAAGCAUGCAGCCAAGCCAAAAAAGUUGCAGCCUCAAGGAUAUUUGCAGAUUGAACAUUUCUUUCGACGGACAGCUCAAUGAUCUAAUCACCUUGGUGCUUACUUUGGUAAGCCUACAGGUGGAAUGAAGGAUGAAGAUAUUCAUGUCUUAAUCUUUUUAUUUUGCAGCAAAGCAUCUUUUCACCUGGUUUGUGUAUGCCGAAAUAUCAAAAGACAAGAAAAAAAAAAUAAGAUUCAUACUUAAUUCAUAAUUAAGCCUCACACAAGUUUCGCACGCCUUAAUCUGUGCCUAUUUUGUGGUUCUUUUUUUGUGUGUGGUGAAGAUUAAAUUGUUGCUGAAGUUGUCAUAAUCAAUUGCUGCACAUUUCAUGUAAGCUGGAGCAUAUAUUCAUGUUAGUUUGGGCCAUGAGUGGAUAUUAUCUUCUGAAUGCAAAGCCCGAGAUACAUGUAGCUUACUUGAUUUUACUUGUAGUCAUGCAAUUUCUCUGCUGUCCAUGGUGCACAAAUAUGAAAGCAAAUA